GACACACUCACGAGCUUUCCGGGAGAUGGGUCUCGUGACAGGCUAGAUGUCCUCGCUUUUGAUCGGUUGAUCGCUUGUUUCUUGUCCUACAAUUUAAAAAAAAAAAUCGUUAAAUGAGUGAGCUUUUUUCUGAUACAGAGCAAACGUUUAUCUAAGCGAUAUGUUGUCUCGCCUCCUGAAGGAACACCAAGCGAAGCAAAAUGAGCGGAAGGAUCUACAGGAGAAACGGAGACGUGAAGCGAUUGCUGCUGCCACCUGUCUAACUGAAGCACUGGUAGAUCACCUCAACGUAGGUGUUGCUCAGGCAUACGUAAACCAACGCAAACUGGACCAUGAAGUUAAGACACUCCAAGUCCAAGCGAGCCAGUUCUCCAAGCAAACUGCUCAAUGGAUCAACAUGGUGGAGGGUUUCAAUCAGGCAUUAAAGGAAAUUGGAGAUGUCGAAAACUGGGCCCGCAGCAUCGAGAUGGAUAUGAGAACGAUCGCCACAGCUCUGGAGUAUGUACACAAGGGGCAUCUUCAGUCCACUUGCUCAUAAAAAUCAAUGUGUUUCCAAAGUACAUUUACUGCUGAAUAUAUAUGCACAGACUUGGCUAAGACAUUACUCCAUCCUUGCUGAGUUUUUUUUCAGUAAAGAAAUUAUUCUGCAUGUCAACGCAUCCCUCGAAGUGGACUGAGGUUGACUUUGCAUUUGACGAUGUAGUUCAGACACGUCUCACUGGUGAUGUUUGAUUUUUAGCACCAGACCUGGAAGGAGUGAGCUCAAAAUGAUGCUGAAGAUCCAUCAAGAAUAUAUUUUAUUAGCAUAUUUCUGUGUUCUGUGUUAACUAUGUUUAUGGGGGGAUAUUUAAUACAAAUAUGAAAUAGACAGAUCUUUUUAUUCCACAUAAUAAAACCUCUGGUACAUUCUUCUUAAAAGUAUCUCUUAAAAACCAUUAAUAGGACAUAUUAGCGUUUUGCAUCUCACCUCUCCAGUAUGCACAUCUACAGGCAGUGAGGAUUGUAUUGUUUCAGUUGUUUUGUCAAAUAAAGUUUGACAAAAAUAAUUAUUAUUUUUUUUCUUAUUGAAUAAGUUAUGAAAAAUAGACUGUUAUAAUAAAUAAUAAAACAAUGACAGCAUAAGUUGUGUUUUCAUGCUUAUUUCUUUCUGACAAUAACUACAGCAUGGAAGGAAAGAUAUGAGAAUAAAGCCAAAUGGUGUGAAGAGUAGGUAACUAUUUAACCUUGUCUUAACUGAUGGUUUUAUUCUUGUCAAAUGCUGCAAAGAGCUUGGAUAUUUCUCUACAAAGUUUUGCAACAAAAACACAUGAGAACCACAACGACUGGACAAUCAGUGGAAUGUGUGACGUAGAAGUUAUGUCACAGUGCAGCCGGGUACAGCGUACCAUCACAUAAUUGCAGCUCGAUUUGGUAACUUAUUAAGACUUUUAAUCCAGCAAAUAACACCCUCUUUCAUGCUUUUGUGUUUAUUUAACAGUUCGAUAUGUCAUUAAACGAAUUGUAGCAAAUGCAGCCUUUCUGUGACUGAUGCUGCAGCUGUGAAACUUUUACUUUAGUUCUUCUUGUCUAGGUAAAAUAUUUUACUAAUGUGUGUCUUGACCCUUUCUUUCUGCUGUAUAAAUAAAGAUUACAACCAGAGAUUUCAA